CUGUUUUGCUAUUUGGAAAAAGCCAAAAGCAACGAAUGGGUGUAGGAACACCUGGUUGGUAUGGGCUGCUGCUAACUCGAAAUAACUCUAGUGGAUGCAUUCAAAAGAUGAAAGGCAAACAAACAGUAAAUUGCAGCACAGUCUACUCAGAACUAAGCUCCAUGGAGUUUAAUGGGGACUACUCGCAUGUAAAUGGGAAUAAGAUUGCAAGUGGAGCCUAUUCUAUUGAAGGAAAAGGAAAAAGAAAGAAAAAAGUUCAACCUGAAAGUAAAGAUGAUUGAACUCAUUGGGGCUUACUUUUGAGUAGAUGUCCUUAGGAUCGUACUGUGAAAGCAGCCCUCACAAAAAGAUCCCCUAGAACAGACUGGACAUUAAUUUUUGGCACUGGAGCAGAAAAAAACUGUCAAUAUGUAACUCAAGAGUUUUGGGGAGGAGUAUGGAAAAUGGAUUAAUCUUUAGAAUAUUGAAUAGUUUGCUAUUUGCAGGUGUUUGUUUCUAGUCACCGUAAUAUGCUAAGACACACUCCCAUGCCUGUUUAAACAGAAAAAAAGCCAUGCAACUCCCAGCGAAAAAACUUGUUUCUAAACAUGCAGGAUUGUACACUUGGCUGCAUCUUUGCAAGUAUAAAUGUAUAUGGGUAUCCUGGGUCCCUCCAGGGUCCCUGUGUUGGACUGUGACUCUGAGUGGAAGAUGCAAAGUUAGCGACAGGUAGAUGUGGGAAAAAUAGAUGGGCAACUUUCUUGUUAAAUAGGCACAGUGUAAGGCAGAUAAAAGUAUGCGUUGUGUGUGGGGUGGUUAAGUUUGAGCUAGUAUUUUUUAUGGUAAAUUGGCUCAAGGCAUUCAUGGUGUGAAGAAUGCGGCUCCAUUCUCCGAUACAAUUUUUUAAAAAGCUGUUGUUUGAAUGGAUAGGCAACAAGUUAUAAGGAAUUGCAUCCAAUACAGUCAAAAUAAGUGGAUCAUACUUGCAUGCACACAUGAAUUUUGUUUUUUAAAAAAGAGAAAAAUCUUAAAACCUGGUAGCUGACUGAAGUAAAAACCAUAUUCUCUAAACCCCCAUAGAUAUUUCUGUGGAGGGGUCAUCUGAUAAUUUGGCUAGGAACCCAAAUUCCCUGCUCACCAAUGACUUCAGCAUACUUGUUACUCUGAAGGAAGUCCGGGUGAGUAGGACUUAGUUUUAAGUUUGUGUACAACCUUAGCGGGCUGGAGAUGAGGCCUUUUUCUUCACAAGAGCAUUGAAAAAAAGUUUCAAAGGGUUUUUCUAUUCCCACAAAGUACUUGGAAGUUGUGAUCCACUCAGAGAGCUUUACCUGUUGCAUAGUAUAAAAAUGUAAUAAAUGCAUUUUAUUUAGUAAAGCUGGAGAAAGCACUUUGCUAGAAAGCAGAAGCCACCGAGGAACAGUGUUAGGUCCAGAAAAGAUCUUGGGGCUCAGGCCCAUAGGGCCCUAAACAUACAUAUAUUUGCAUAGACUAAUAUAUUUACAAAUAUGCGAAUGUCCAUAUGCUUGUCUCUCUACAAGACCCCGCCUCCUAAGGACAGAUUGGGAUGGGGCAGCAGGAGUGGUGCCCAGGAGAUGCCGAGAUCCUUCCUGGUGAAGAGCAAGAAGGCGCACUCGUAUCACUGGCGUCGCGCGGUGGAUGAGGGUCUCCUCCUUCCGCGCUGGGAUCCGGAAACCGCCACUGCUCCCUGCCUUGCCAAAGAGAAAGAUGGUCCCGCCGAGGGCAAAGAAGAAAACAUCCCUGCCCAGAAUAUGACCAGGAUAGUGCCCAGGUCUCCGACACCAGAGCGACCCGUCCCGGCCUUGAAAGCCAAAGAGGGUGGUGCUGCGGAGAGCACGUCUCCCGCCUUCUACAAACCCGGUUUUGCGUGGGACGCCUUCCACCCUCCGUAUGGCUACAGGCCAAUGUCUUCUGCCCGCCUGGACCGUGCCCUCGGCCUGUACGGGACCCACCUCCUUCCAGCCUUGGAACCGCCGCUUGAUUACAGCAUGCGAUUCUCACCAGACACAGAGACUUUCCACUGCAUUAUAUGCAACAAAAUAUUUUCCACACCUCAUGGUCUGGAAGUCCAUGUCCGAAGGUCACACAGUGGCACACGGCCUUUUGCUUGCAAAGUCUGUGGCAAAACUUUCGGCCAUGCAGUGAGCUUGGAACAACACAGCAACAUACACUUCCAGGAGAAAAGCUUCGAGUGCAAGAUGUGUGGCAAGGCAUUCAAGCGCUCUUCCACGCUCUCCACUCACCUGCUGAUCCACUCAGACACGCGACCCUACCCCUGCCAGUACUGCGGGAAGCGCUUCCACCAGAAGUCCGACAUGAAGAAGCACACCUACAUCCACACCGGUGAAAAGCCGCACAAAUGCCAGGUCUGUGGCAAAGCCUUCAGCCAGAGCUCCAACCUCAUCACCCACAGCCGCAAGCACACUGGCUUCAAGCCCUUCAACUGCGAGCUCUGUGGGAAAGGCUUCCAGCGAAAGGUGGAUCUGCGGCGUCACCGGGAGACCCAGCACAGUCUCAAGUGAGAGGGGGGACCCACUGCAGCCUGGGUGGAAGACCUGCGGCCCAAGGGUCCUUUUGCAAAUGCCGCCCACCCUGCACCCAGCCCCCCGCUACUCUUCGCUCUCACCACCCCACUGCCGUUCCCUGACAAAUGUUGCCUCAGGUGAUACGGCCCUUGAGAAUUAUCUCCCUGAGAGACCCCCUAGCCUAGGGGUGGGUGGGUGGAGGAUUUCCGGCACUUUGGACUUCAGCUCCCAGCAUUCCUAACCACACUGGCAAGGGACUAUGGGUGGUGAAGUGCAAAAGAUGCCCGCCCCCUGCAAAACUACAGGACAUGGAUUACUCUGUGGGGACAAGGAAGAACCAGGGAGGGCACAAUCCUACUCAUGUAGACAGAAGAGGUCUUAGAAUACCGGCACGGCCCAGGCCCAGGCGGCCCUGCUCGGAGUUGUGAGACCUUUUUCUGUCUAAACAUGAGCAGGACUGCACCCUAAAACACUUUAAGCUUAUACCCCAAGGAUAGCCAGAAGGAGAGAAUGGAGGAGGUUACCACCCUGUGCAUUGCUCUGAAAUUUAAAGAAGGGAAAAAAUCGAAAUUCUCUGAAAUGAACAGUUUUGCAGCGGAGAAAUUCAUGUCUAAAUGUCAUGUUCUUAAAUCUGGACACUUAUUGUUUUCAGUUUUGGGAACUCUCACGCCAAACCCUCCCUUCUGAUUUCUCACAGAACCCUGUACAUAAGUAUUUAUGCAUGUCACACUUUUUUAAAUCAAUCACCUGCUACAAGUCAUUAACAUUUCAUAAAGUUGCUUCUACGAUGCAUA